CUAUCCCCUAUAAAAGACCUAGAUCCUCUGCUCCUUUAGACGAAACUGCUCACAGGCACCACACUGUCAUCAUGCUGUCUCUAAGAUCCCACUCCUCGCUGCGACUGACGCUGAUGUGUAGUGUCCUGGCUCUACUGCUCUCUUGUCAGCGGACGAACGCAUGGUACAAACAAUCCACCGGCCCCAGUUAUUACUCUGUCGGCCGAGCAUCGGGGCUGCUGUCCGGUAUUCGCAGGUCACCCGACAUUCGCCGAUCUGAGCCGGACAGCGCAGGGGAGAGCAGCGAGAAUAUGGAAGACAACUUUCUGAAUAGCCUGGGAGGUCAGAGACAAGGAGCGCUGCUCAAGAGUAUGGCGCUGUGUGUCAAGGAUGUGUCGCCCAAUCUGCACAGCUGUGAACUCCUUCCAGACACCUCCAGUACCUUCCAGUGCAAAGCUCAGAUUUACCUCUCAUUGGACAGUUCAGACUGUCUGUCCCCCUGACACCCCCAAAUCCAGAGACUAUGCCUUGCAUCCCGCCUGCGCCAUUGGCACCCCUCAACCUUUGUUCAGGGGGUGGGGGAAAACUUUUGUGUAGAUUUGUACUGUAUCUGCUGCAUUAGAUAAACAUUUGUUCAAUGAAUAAAUUAGGAAUGAUGAGA